AUGAGAACCAUUUUAUUCCUUACUGUUUUGUGUGUUGGUGCUUAUGCUCAAUUCAGUAAAGCUGGACAAAAUGCUAUCGUUGAUGCACACAACAAGUUGAGAUCUUCGAUUGCAAAAGGAACUUACGUGGCAAAGGGAGUAAAGAAACCAGCUGGAAGCAAUAUUCUGAAAAUUAAAUGGGACCCAACCGUGGCUGCAUCAGCUCAAGCAUAUGCCAACAAAUGUCCAACUGGACACUCGAAAGGAUCCGGAUAUGGAGAGAAUCUUUAUUGGCGUUGGUCUAGUGCUGCUCCAAAAAAUUUAGAUGAAUUCGGAACUCGUGCUUCUGGUGCAUGGGCUGGAGAAUUCGAGAAGUACGGAUGGAAGACUAACAAAUUGGACAGAGCCCUUUUCGGAACUGGAAUCGGACACGCUACACAAAUGGCCUGGGCAAACACAGGAGGAAUCGGAUGUGGAGUUAAGAAUUGUGGAAAAGAUAAGACCAAGAAUAAUAUGAUUACGGUAGUUGUCGUCUGCCAAUACAAAGGACCAGGAAACUACAUGGGUCAAGAUAUCUAUGCAAGUGGAAAAACUUGUUCAGCUUGUCCAGGAAAGACAAAAUGCGAGAAAGCUACUGGACUCUGUGUCUAA